CACCGAAGCCACGCCCGCGUGGGGCGCACCUAGUGCUCUCCCGCCCCACGAAAACCAAUCGGAAGGCAACUGGCUCUAAUGGGCGAUUGGCGCAAAUGACGAAAACACCCUCGAUUUCUUCAAAAGGGCGUUAGGUUUUCUAGGGUUUCUUUCCUCUCGUUUCAUAUCUAGGGUUUAUUCGAUCUCCGCGAUCCGAUCAUUCGUCGAUUUUUCUUGCUUUGCAAUCAGGGCUUGAUUUCUCCUCGAAUUUUCGCUCCAUUUUAGGAUCAUGCCGGCGAAUACAGGUUGCACGGUUUAUAUAGGUAACUUGGAUGAGAAGGUGAACGAUAGAGUCUUGUAUGAGAUUCUAGUUCAGGCAGGCAGAAUUCUAGACUUGCAUAUACCUCGAGAUAAGGAAACCAUCUGUCCUAAGGGCUUUGCAUUUGCAGAAUAUGAAUCCAAAGAGAUUGCAGAUUAUGCUGUCAUGCUUUUCUCUGGCCUCAUCUCUCUUUACAGUAGAACACUGAAAUUUGCGAUUUCUGGGCAAGACAAGCCCUCUAAAAACACAGUCACUACUACAAUGCAUGCGUCAAACUUCCCUCCUAACCUGGGAUCACUGCCAACUCAACUUGCAAAUACUGAAAAUUACCAACAGGCAGCUCUGUUGUUGACACCCUGUAGGUUUUCAGCAUACUCCCAAUCAGCGCCUCCUAAUUUUCCAGAAGCACCUCCUACUGGACUAGUAAGAACUGGAUAUAGAUCAGUUCUCAACAAUUUCAAUUAUAGUAGUCACUUUUACGGGGGAACACUGGAUAGUGUUUGAGACUUAUCCAAGCCAAGCAAUCAAUAUUUCUGGAAAGCCAGUUGCAACUUCUCCUAGUAAUCUCUGCUGGGUGAUGUAUCUCUUAGCUCAUCUGUAUGUAUUGCUAGAUUUGUAUACUUCCUCUGUGACUCAACUUGUAGUACUCUUGGGGUGGGAGGAUGGAAGCAGUGGCAGUCACCUAGGAAGGGCCUCUUAGCUAGUUAGUUUUAGCAAGUAAAAUCAGCUGUUGGAUUAGUUUGUUUGGGUUAGUUGAUUACAUCACACUCUGUAUUGGGCUGCUUUUGCUUUCCUUCGAUCCUGUACAGCUUUAGGGCGCUUUGCUUUCUCCCUAUAACAUGUAAUCAUGUACAAACUGAUUCACGAUAGCGUAGUGGCAACUUUGUGUUAGUUUGGUUAUGUCUGUCUGUAGGGAUGAUGGUUGUAAGUUGUUAUGACUUUUCAGCUCU